ACGUCAGAUGAGUUUGUCCGCGAGUGCUGUGAGUUGUUCUCGGCGAUGGAGCUUUGCGAGGUGGAGUGGGACCCCAUCGACGUGGACGGUACUCUUCUGUGGGUGGAGGUGAAGUCCGCGACCGCUCUCGGCACCUUGUGGAAGGAGGGCUUGCGCGUCCCACUGGGCAGCGCGGCGGCUAAGCGAAAGGACACCAGCGCCUCGACCUUCAAGAAAAUGAAGACGGACGACCCCCUGAACCCAUCCAGCGACACGGCGAAGACGUCGUCAUCGUGCGCCGCAUCGACCAAGGCUGCCAAUGGGAAAGUCGAUCCGACAAGUGCAUGCGGCCCGAUCGCAGCAGCAAUUACAGGAGGACCCGAAGGAGCAUUGGGCAACGAUGCGGCCGUGGCUGCGUCGCUCGGCGCGGCAGGGGCCGCCGACGCAGGUGCCGACGAAGGCUUUCAGCUGGGUGCUUUGGACGGGGAGUUCGCGGUCGCUCUCGGCGAGAUGGACGUGGCGGACCAGGAGGACGCAGAGAUCCAUGGCGGCGAUGACGACAUGACAGAGCUGCUCGACACCUGGGGCGGCAACCAAGAAGACCACCAUGACGAACGUCCAGACGAUGGCGAGAUCGACCUCGACGACCCCAUCCUGCUCAUGUCGGGGCGCUUGCCAAGAUGUAUGAGGACGCAGCUGGCGGCGCUGAUGUCCCCAGUGGCGGCGCCGACGCUGGAGUUGAAGAUGGGCCUCUUGCCGAAGAUGUUGCUGAGCCUCCGCAGCCUUGGGAACAACUUGGGGAGCCAAGAGCUGUUCAAGUGGCUCUUCGAGGGCGACCCCAACAAUGACGGCGACUCCAAGGACCAGAGGCGCGAGAAGGCGCGCAUCCACAUGGAUUCGGCCAAGAGCAGGUGGUAUGCGAAGAAGCCUGCUGCGAAGUGA